AUGCCGAUCAGUGAGAUUAAAACAGGAGAACAAGUCGCCGAAUUCAUCAAAGAUCCAAGGUACUCUUUAACAUUCAAAUCUUUGUACAUAGAUUCAUGUUAGAAAAUCAAUAUUUCAGCCCGGCAGUUUUGCACUUCUAUGCAAAUUGGGCGCCAUCUUGCGAACAGGUCAAUGCUCUUAUCGAUGAUUUUGUUGAAGAUUCGAAUUUAGCGAUCAGAACUGCUUUCAUUGAUGCAGAAGGUUUGCCAGGAAUAACUCUCAAUUUCAAAGUCACCGCUGCACCAACACUUAUUUAUUUCAGUGUUAGUUUUAUUUCUGGAACAUCGAUUUUUUGUUGAAUUUCAUGUUUUCAGAACGGAAAAGAAGUUGGGCGAGUUGAUGGUUUCCUUCCAACUGAAAUCAAAGAAAAAGCUUUGAACACAGUUACACGAUAUUCAACAGCUGCUCCAUUUGCUGAUAAUGUUGACGAGGAAGCAUUGAAAAAGGCAUUGUUUUUGAGAAUUGAGAAAUUGACAAAGAAAAGUCCGGUUAUGUUGUUUAUGAAAGGAGAUCCAAGUCAACCGAAAUGCGGAUUUUCGAGAACAAUUGUUGGAUUAUUGCAAUCGAAAAAUAUCGAAUUCGAUAGUUUUGACAUUUUAUCCGAUGAUUCUGUGAGACAAGGAUUGAAGGUAUUUUUUUCAGUUCUAGAUGGUUUCUAUAAUUAAUUUUUUUCAAAAAAAAUUUCUGAUCGGUAAAAUGUUUAAUUUCAUCUCACAAGGGAACUGUUUUAACUUUCACUCUACAUUUUUGAUGAAAUCUAUGUUUUCUAGUAGUUGUUGGUCCGCUGAUCACGAUUUCGCCGUCUUAAAUUUUUGCAGAGCUCAAAUCUUAACAUGAGUUAUGACGUGGCAAAUUUCAAAAAAUCGAGAUUUCAGAAGCUAGCUUCAAAAACGAUUCUCCUGAACAAGCCUGUGCAGAUUUGCAUGAAAAUCAUUUCUGUAGCUAGUUUUCAGCUCCUUAAAUCCCAUUUUUUUGAAAUUUUCGAACUUUUCCACGUCAUAACUCAUGGUAGGAGUUGAGCUCUGCAAUUUUAGACGGCAAAAUCGUGAUCAGCAGAUCGAAAACUAUUAGAAAACAUAGAUUUCAUUAAAACAUGUAGAGCGAACGUUGAAACAGUUCCCUUGUCAGACGCUAUCUGUAAAAACGUGAACUAUGACGUGGCGAUUUGGAGAAAAAACAGUUUUUUUUUCAAAAAAUGAACCGUAAAGACAAGUUCACGUGAACUUCACAUAAAUAUUUCCCUUUUUUUAUUCAUUUCAAUUUUUCAGGAAUACUCAAACUGGCCAACUUAUCCUCAAUUAUAUUUGAAUGGUGAACUUGUUGGUGGAUUGGAUGUUGUUAAAGAAGAAUUCGCCGAUGAAGCUUUUGUUGAAAAAUUACCAAAAGUUGGAGAAGGAAAAUUGGUGAGUUUUUUUAAUUAAAUAUUUUCUUUAAAAUUAUUUUAAUUUUUUCAGACACUCGAAGAUCGUUUGAAAAAACUGAUUUCUAGCCAAAGAAUGAUGUUGUUCAUGAAAGGUGAUAGAAAUGAACCGAAAUGUGGAUUUUCGCGAACAAUUGUUGGAUUAUUGAAUGAGGCAAAAGCUGAUUAUGGAACUUUUGAUAUUCUGGGAGACGAAGAAGUUAGACAGGGUUUGAAGGUAUUUAUUUUUGCGGAAAAAUUAUUAAAUAAUACUAAUAUACGGAUAUUUCAGACAUUCUCGAAUUGGCCAACUUAUCCACAAUUAUAUUUGGAUGGUGAACUUAUUGGUGGAUUGGAUGUUGUAAAAGAGGAACUAUUGGAUACGCACUUUUUGAGAAGUAUGCCAAGAGUUGGCCGAUCUUAG